AGACAACAAGAAAAAGGAAAACCAAGAAGACACGUAGAUUUGUUGCUAAUCGAAGUUGUGUUUUGUAAAUUUCAGUAUUUAAAUAAGUGCGAUGAAGUUUCAAUAUAAAGAAGAACAUCCUUUUGAAAAGAGGAAGUCUGAGGGAGAGAAAAUCAGGAGAAAAUAUCCAGACAGAGUCCCUGUAAUUGUUGAAAAGGCCCCCAAAGCAAGAAUUGGUGAUGUUGACAAAAAGAAGUAUUUAGUACCUUCUGAUCUAACAGUAGGUCAAUUUUAUUUUCUUAUUAGGAAAAGGAUACAUUUGAGACCCGAAGAUGCACUUUUCUUCUUUGUGAAUAAUGUCAUUCCACCAACAUCUGCUACUAUGGGAUCUCUUUACCAGGUUCAAGAUAGCAUUGAAAAUAUUUUGACUGCAAAUGGCAUGUCAGACGCAGUGGAAUGGUUAAAAAGAAAAGAGACACUAAUGUUACUUAACCAAAAUAGUAUUAGCUGCCAAACAGUUGUAGAUACCACUAUGCCAGAUGACAAAAAAGAAAUAAGUAGAAAAAAAAGUACUACUUCUUUAAGUGCCGGAGAUUGCGAACCUCUGAAACGAAAACUAAGCGAAGUUGUUUCCGAAGGACUUCUAGAUUCGGUACUUCCGUAUUUAGUUCAACAAAACAAUUCAAAAAAGAGUUUAGUCUCCAUAAAGCUUAACGACAAAGGUGAUAGACCUGUAACUUCUCACUCUUCCACUACUACCAUACCCCCCAAUGAAAAAAACAUGGCAAGAAGAAGAUCUAGUGAUACUAUUAUUAAAUCGCUUCCCAUUAUUAAACCCGACUCAGAAGUUGAAAUCCAUGUAUGCGACGAGCUAAAAUCAGCUAAAAAGACAUUUUACUGCAAUCAAAAUUUGCUAAUUUCCAAAAUGGGUUAUUUCGCAUCAGUAACCCAAGGUCAGCGUUUGGAAGAUAUGGAUAUAUCUGUCCACUGCGAUAUUGGUAUUUUUGAAUGGCUUAUGCAGUGGAUCAAGAAAGAUACUCUGCCGGAAUCGGAAUGGCCACAGUUGGAAUCUAAUUAUGUUAUUCCUAUACUAGUAUCAGCAGCUUUCCUGGAAAUGGAAUCUUUAUUGGAAGACUGUUUGUUAUUUUGUCAUGAACACAUGAAUGAUAUUUUAAAAACCAAUACAAAUCUGUCGUGUCUAAAUGAAUCUGUACUUAUCAGACUAUCUGCAAUGUAUACCAAUGUCGAAGUGGAAGCUAUUAAAGACAAGAAAGAUAAGAUACAGUCUCGACUGUUUACAAAAUUAAUACAGUCUCUAGCGGAACCAGAACCCGAGAGUGUUAGGGGACACUGGUGUUCUCUGGCAAAAGUGUUUCGUUGCGAAAAAUGUCAGCUUCUAAUUACACCAGAUGUGGCAUCCAAAAUUCCAUGCGUUCCACCUUGCAUGCGACUUCAACCAGAUGGGAGUAUUAUUAGUUUACAUAUAAGAGAUCCAAAUUGGGAUAUCAACACUUACAUAAUUAGACUAUUUAAGACUUUAAAAUCAUGGCGAAGAGUUUAUUGGAGAUUAUGGGGUGAUGCGCAUUUUCUUUUCUGCUCUACUUGCCAACGCUAUUUCCCAUCAAAUCAGAUUGGCUGGUGUCGCUAUCAUCCAGAUACUCCACAGUUCUUUACUUUAGAUGCCCAAAGAGCUCCGCUGCCUAUAGGACGAUUUCCUUGUUGCGGAGAAAGGGCGUACAGAUUUCAGCUACUCGAAAACUUCAACGGAUGUCACUUUAGACAACAUACAGUUCUUGCAGAAGAUGUAAAAGACGCAUCAAUAUUUUCUAUGUUAGAAACGUAUAGGCACUUAAUUGAAGAAGAACCACCCCAGCUGCUAUUUCCUGAAAAAUUGACUAGACUUGUAGCAAGAGAUCUAUACACAGUAUACAAUGUUCUUCAAAAAUUAAAUAUUCACAAAUAUUGCGUAAGAGAGCUACAGCUUAAUGAAACACUAUGA